AUGACAAAUCAAUCGAAAAUACAGUCGCAAUCCCUUCUGAAAACUCUACUAGUUGGGUAUUUGAACCAGUUACAAACACAUCCUCUACGAACAAAAGCAAUAACUUCGGGUUUACUAUCCGGAUUACAAGAGUAUGUUGCUCAAGAAUUGAGUGGUACUAGUCGACAGCGAAAAGGGAAAGGGAGGGCGGAUCACAUAGGCAAUUAUGCAGGUCUCGACGAGAAGGUUGUUAAGAUGGCUUUGUAUGGUUUCUUUAUCAGCGGCCCUCUUAAUCAUGUCAUGUUUGAGACACUGAAUAGAGCAUUUAAAGGACGUACUGGCGCUGGCGCCAAGCUGUUGCAAAUUGUUGUUUCUCAAAUUAUCAUCACUCCUAUUCAGAACACAGUCUAUUUGGUAGCCAUGGCUAUCAUAGCUGGAAUGAAUAAAUCAGGGCAAAUAUAUGCGUCUGUUAAACGAUCCAUCUUACCUAUUCUGACAAUGUCUUGGAUUGUCUCUCCUAUCGCUAUUGGAUUUGCUCAAAAGUUCUUACCUCCACAAUUGUGGGUGCCGUUUUUUAACUGUGUCGGCUUCAUAUUUGGUGUGAUGGCAAAUACCAAGGCAAAACGCGCACAGUCACAAAACAAAGAGGAACGUGAUUCGAAUAAGUAA